CGCGCAUAGAAGUCUCGUGGGCAUAAAAGAACAAUCCAUGCCACUGUGUACGAUCAGUUGAUUGUGCUAAUCGAACGAGGUGACAGUGUUGCUCGUAAAACAAUCGUCUUCUAAGUUUGUGCCUUUAGUGUUUGUUUUUUGUCGUUAAAAAGAGGAUUCAACAUGAACGCCAUUAUUGCUGUAUUCCUUCUGGUUACAUCCACAAGUGGGCAAUUUCUCCAUCAGGAACCAAUUCCACUGGCCUACUAUCGUGACUCCGUUCCCAUCCACGAGGAUCCCCCAUUGGCACAUCCAGCUGUUGUUGAGAACUCCAUCAGGGAGAAGCAAUUGCCACCAGAGCUCCUCAAGAGUGAUAAUUUCUACAGCAAUCCCCGUGUUGCUGAUGGCCUGGCCAAGGAGUCCUGGUUCACGGACAAGGAAAUGCCUGUCUUUGAGCGUGAAGCUGAAAAAAUCCCCCGGGAACAAAUUGUUAAGAUUCUCACCAAUGCUGGAUUAGCUAGAAGACGAUAAAACUGACGCAAAUGUCCUUUUUCAUUAAGUUGAACCACGCACUGAAUUUUUAUA